AUGUUCCAGUGCUCGCAGUGCGAGAAGUCGUAUCAAAGGAGAACACAUCUCCUGCGCCAUCAAGAUACCCGUAAAUUCAAGGAUCAUCCUGGCUUCGAUUAUUGGCACCGGCUGACAAACUCUAGAUACGCGUCAGCUAAAUUAUGCGCGAAGAAGCAUAAUCAACCUUCUCCCGUCGCGGCUCGACCGGGCAGGAAGAGACAGUCAUGCGAUUUAUGCUUCUCUGCAAAAGCAGCUUGCGAUAAAAACUUGCCCUGUUCACGAUGCGUAUCUAUCCGGAGAGAGUGCGUCUUUACUGCACAGGGCGGGCCCUCAACCAGUCCUACUUCGAGGGCGGCGUUGGCCUGCCCGUCGCCAUCGUUCAAUCUCCCUCCUGGUACAUCAAAGGGCAAUGGCCCAUUCUCAUUUCUUCGGCACUUUACAAACCCGAGCAUUCAAAAGGACCGACUUGCAAUUGGCGAAACCGCCAAAUAUUCUCUGCGGAGAAACCUUGAAACGCUUUAUUCGCGACUCGAGGUUGCGCUUGUGCCAACAGAUCCAACACCAACCUUGGCCAGCGAUCUCCAAAUCCCGGACUUGCCCUUCCAAAUGCCCUCGAGCUCAGAUGAAUCCAUGUUGACCCAGUUACCGUCCGAGAUUCUCUUCCCGUCGAAGCUCUCUAAUCAACUCACUGAGAUAAUGGCAGAGUUGGUCGAGACCUCCAAAUCCAUGAUCUCUGCAAGCGUCGGUGCUUCGGAAACGCUUGAUAUUAUGGAGCUUACCACUCUCCUCGGGGUGUCUAACAUAUCUGCUUUUAUAUCAGCCUUUUUCCAUUCUCUACAUUGGCACUUGCCAAUCGUUCAUUUCCCAACAUUCGACCCGGGAGAUGUAUCGAAUCCUUUGCUACUUGCGAUAUUCAUGGCCGGUGCCGCAUACACUACUCCGCUGGAUGGAGCAUCGAUGUCUCCAUGGCUUCUAGAUGUUGCAGAGGAAUACAUCUUUCGGAAAGUUUGUAAUCUCCCAGCAAUGCCCCCAUCCAGGGAUCCAGCGACUUUGUUGCCUACGCUGCAACUGAUACAGAGUGCUCUCAUCAUUGAAAUGUUGCAAUUCGGCCGGGAUGAUUUGCAGACAAGGAGACGUAUCCGGAUCAUUCGUAAUCCGUGUUUGGUUUCUACAAUUCGCUCUCUGGGCAUGUUUCAAUUCAAAAGAAGCGUGUUUUCAAAAAUAUGUGAUGAGCGGGCAUGGAGAAUCAUGGUGGCAGAGGAGAUGUGCAUACGUGUUGCGUGUUGGGUCUUCCUCUCUGACGCCUUUCUCACUGUCUGCUUCAAGAAUCACCCCUCGGUGUCAACAUUUGAGAUGAAUUGCGAUUUCCCUUGGAGUGCUGAAUUAUGGGAGGCCGAAAGCCCCUCUGCCUUCGGUAGGAUUGCCGCAGAGCACUCCCCGACUGAACAACCACUUCCCACUUUGAGAGAAGUGAUCAGUCAACUACUUGAUACCCCCAUCAAAGAACAGUCAACGCCGUGGGGGGCCUUUUUAUCGUCUGAACAUCUCUUGAUGUUGAUCUACGCUAUCAAUUCUCUUGCAUUCCAGGCCAGAGUUGGCCUGCUUAAAUACUUGCCAAUCGACACAAUAAGCUGUGCCGCAAGCAACUGGAAGCGAAUAUGGGACUCGGUUGUUGGGUCAUCAGAUCAAGAACAAAUACUACAUCUAGGCUACCCAAAACACGCCGAAGAGCUAUGGUGGCUGCUGAAGGCCACACUGGAGGUGUCCGAAAAGCCCGAAACAGAUUUCGCAUAUCUCGGAAGCAACGCCACCGACGAACUGGGAACUUUGAAUGACUUCAUCAGAUCAUGUUAUCACAAUGUCUGA